AUGGAACUCAAAUCCUCCGUCGUAAAGUCAAAGUCUUCAAACGGUGGUGUCAGCAAGAAGGAGAAACAGAAAACACGCAGUGACGCUGAUUUUCAGCCGCUGAAUAUGAAAAAACGUGGUGUUUACGUUGAAAAUAAGGACGAUAAACUACUUAAUAUAUGCGAGAAUAAUGACGCUGAGAAAAAGAAACCACCACCCAGACCACGGCCUGGACAAAAGAAAUUCCUAACAUCAGUCCUUAAUAUCCUCUCGAAGUCAACCACCGGAACACAGUAUCCCGAUAGUGACGAAAUGAAAGCCAGAAGGAAAUCCAACAAGAACACUCAGAGAAAGCGACACAACCAAGAAACGGAAACAGGCAAACAGACAGACGACGAAGAAUAUGAACAAAAGAGACCGAAUAAACCAAAAUACAGAUCGAAAAUAUUAAACGGCGACAAUUAUGUUACAUGCAAUGAUAAACUAGUUAUCCUACAAUCUAAAAAGGAAAUAGUUCAUACGCCAUCGAACUUUUCUGAAAGUAAGAGCUUCACGAUAAGCGAGUUGAAUAAUCCUAUGAAAGAGAUUUUGGCGAAUAAUAUCGACAGCGGUGUAGCUGAGGGCCUGGCAAAGCAAAUAUUAGACGGCAGAACAGAGAGAGUUAAAGAAGACCCGUCAACAUUAGUUGCUGACACACGCGAUGACAAGAAAAUUUACAAUUUCUUUGUAGAUUUAAUUGAAACUACUUUUGAUGUUUAUAACGUAGAAACUGAAGGGACGAACAAAGACUCUGAAGCUAUACUAGAAAUUGAAGAAACGGUCGCAAAGAAACUGAACUUUAAACAGGACACAACAAAUAAUGAGGAAGCUGAACUUAAUUUUAACAUUCAAGAAGAGAAAAGUCCGUCUAUAGCAGAGACUGUAUAUGAUAGACCGUUGAAAUCUAAGAAAAAGGUUAAGCAACAUUCACUAAAAACUCAAUCGUUUAUAUAUCCCAAACCAAAGUAUAUUCAGAAAAGCAGCAGUGUAGUUAUAAAAAGAAAACCACAAACAAAGAAAUCAAAAAAGAAAGAUUUGCUCGACACAAUAAAGGAAGAAUUGAAGAUGGAUUUUAUGACGUUCGAAGAGCCCCAGAAUUUGUUCGAAGCACUGCGUAACAUGGCAAAGUACAAGCGGAGAUGUCAGAAGCGGAGGGUGAUACAUUUUGAGAAUGAAAAUGAGACUAAUUUUAGUAAAGACUGCUUGAACGGGCGCGGUAUAUUCCCCACGAAGAAGUCGAAGAAACGAAAGAACCGAAUCGAUAGAUUGAAAGAGUUUAAAGAGUCAGACAUCAAACCAGUUAGAACUCUUAAAGAGCCUGUGGUAAUUAACGUUUCUGAUCAUUCUCUCAAGGUUUUUGGCUACGAGUACCACGAGAAAGAUCCCUUCGACAGCGUACGUAAGUCUUUCGUAAGCUCUACCAAUUUUACCGUUGAUGAAUUUGAUGAAGCGUUUGGUAUUUCGGAGAGCUCUUUGGACAUCGAAGGAUUUUAUUCGCUGCUACGGGAAUAA